AGAAGGGCACGUAUAAAAGAAUAAUGUGAUUUAGGGGAAUGACGGAUCCUAUUAAUUGUCUCUUCUUAGCACACCUGUGAGGCAGGGGAUUACACAGAGGAGAAGCAUGCCGUGCGGUGGGGUGAAGUCCUUUCUGGUGAGCCUGUCUCAGAGGAAGCCCCUGGAGCCUGAGGGGGAGCAGUCCACCUUUAAACGAUGCCUGACCACUCUGGACUUGGUGGCCCUCGGUGUGGGCAGCACUCUGGGGGCUGGGGUCUACGUCCUGUCUGGAGAGGUGGCCAGAGACACUGCUGGGCCCAGCAUCAUCAUCUCCUUCUUCAUCGCCGCUCUGGCCUCUAUUUUCGCCGGGCUGUGCUAUGCAGAGUUUGGGUCUCGAGUUCCCAAAACAGGCUCAGCAUACCUUUACAGCUACGUGACUGUUGGAGAGCUGCUGGCUUUUAUCACUGGGUGGAAUCUGUUACUCUCCUACGUCAUAGGCACGUCCAGUGUUGCACUGGCAUGGAGUGGGACAUUUGAUGACCUCAUAGGGGGCGUCAUAUCGAAAUACUUUGAAGAAAAUGCAGCCAUGGGUCUUCCUGGUCUGGCACCUUACCCAGAUGUCUUUGCUGCAGCCCUGGUCAUGCUUCUGUCAGGUGUGCUGGCCUUUGGAGUGAAAGAGUCAACGACGAUCAACAAGAUCUUCACAGCAAUCAACAUCCUGGUGCUGCUGUUUGUGGCCAUCUCUGGAUUCAUCAAAGGAGACAUCUCCAACUGGCAAAUCAGUGAAGAGGCUCUAAUAAACGCUACAGCAGAACUCAAAAACCUGAGCUCUACUGCCAAUCUAACAAGUGUGUAUGGAUCGGGUGGAUUUUUUCCUUAUUCCUUCAGUGGAACCCUGGCUGGAGCUGCAACGUGUUUCUAUGCUUUUGUUGGAUUUGACUGCAUCGCUACUACAGGUGAGGAGGUGAAGAACCCCCAAAAGUCCGUCCCUCUGGGCAUUGUCGCCUCACUACUUAUCUGUUUCGUGGCGUACUGUGCUGUGUCUGCUGCGCUCACCCUGAUGAUGCCCUACUACAUGCUCAAUGAGAAAAGCCCCCUGCCAGUGGCCUUUGAGUACAUCGGCUGGGCUCCUGCCAAAUAUGCCGUGGCCGUGGGGUCACUUUGUGCCUUGUCCACCAGCCUGCUGGGUUCCAUGUUUCCGAUGCCCAGGGUGCUGUUCGCCAUGGCAAGAGACGGCCUGCUUUUCCAACCCCUGACAAAAGUCACCGCCAAAGGCAGUCCCGCUAUAGCUACAAUAUCAUCUGGAACUGUGGCAGCUAUCAUGGCUCUGCUCUUUGACCUGGAAGCCUUGGUGGAAAUGAUGUCCAUCGGCACUCUGUUUGCGUACACACUCGUGGCCAUAUGCAUUCUAAUACUGAGGUACCAGGCAGGACCAUCAGAAGAAAAAGACCUGCAGAUCAUAGAAUCAAACACCAAAUUUGGCUUCCUGAAGCCUCCGUCAUUGCCCAACUCAUCCACCGCACGAACAGUCACAAUCUUGACUGUGAUCUCCGUUGCAUGUGUGGUUGCACUGUGCGUCACCGUGACUCAAGCCAUAGACGCUCUGUCCCAUAUGGAAUUGUGGAGUCUGCUGCUUGUCUGCGUCCUUGCCGUCAUCCUGUUGCUCCUCGUUUUUGUCAUCUGGAGGCAUCCACAAAAUCCCACAAAGGCAUCUUUUAUGGUGCCUUUACUCCCUGCAUUGCCUGUGUUGAGCACACUCAUCAAUGUCUACCUGAUGGUGCAGUUAGGUGGAGACACUUGGUUAAGAUACGCUAUCUGGAUGUUAGUGGGGUUACUUAUCUAUUUUGGCUAUGGCAUUCGCAACAGUGUUCAGAGGAGGCGCCGCAUGGCCAACCAGAUGAGUAUUGAAACCGUCAGUGGCAAAACAGACAAUUCGUUCAAAACAGACGUCCUUAAAGAGGAGAAAUUCUGAGCUCGUUUGGAGCAAAGAGACACUGAUUCAGAUGUUACAUUGAGUAACUGCUCUAAGUGUGUAACUACUGUUCUACAUGCACCAGUGGUGAUCUGUUUCUGCAGCGUUCAGUCUCAGUCUGAGAGUAUAAGGGUGAUAGGUGUAUCGUUUUGAAGUGCAGACAAAUGGACGGACGGACGGCCAGACCUGUUAAGAUUUAUUUUAUACUGACACUUUGUCAUAUGAUAAUGGAGUUUGUAAUUUAUCUAUAUUUUCUAUUUACCAUCAUUAAAACACUGCCUGGCAAAUUUUUGGACCUUCAGCAUAUUCAAGGUGUGAAGAACAGGGAGUGCUGACGUUUCGAAAAAUCACGUGUGUAGGAAUCAUUACCGAUCUGGGGGCACACAUUUCACAAAAUUUCAACUUCACUCCCUACUUGUUUUCAUAUCUUUGUUUAUAUCAUUUACCUGUAUGUGUAUCCUGUAUCAAUGUCAGAGCCAUGUCCUGGGGCCUCUAAAUCGACCAAUCUAUCAAAGAAGUUCUUACACCCAUAUUUAAAAAGAAAAAAGGGCUCAAACUAUUUCCUGUAGAUAAUUUUUUAGAUAAUCAUUUUAUUGCACCUA